AUGUGUUGCAAAAUCCGCUUUUACUUCUAUUGGUGCACUUGCAUCGAAGCGCCUCGUGAUAUUGAUAUCAGAUGCGAAAAGGCCUUCAAGCUGGGGUAUGAAUGCACUGAUACUCAAGCCAUUGGGAUUCCAAUGAAAGGCACAUGCUCUGUUUGCUGGGCUUACGACAAUAUAGAGAAGAGUCGUCAAGUUGAAACCCAAGUCUCCUCGGACCUUCCAAGCGUCGAAAGCCAGGAGGUCAAAAGCUGCAACGAGGAUGAUGUCAAGCGAAAGGGCCAGUCUGGUAUCCCGAUCCAUAAGAGUCAGGACGCCAAUUUAUGCGACCUAAGUAAUGCGAAGCCAAAGUCGACGUCUGGCAUUCCAAUCCAAAAAGGCCAAGAGAUCAGCGGCUGCAACGAUGCGAGUGAAGAACCAAGGAGCCAGUCUGGUAUCCCGGUCCAGAAAAGUCACGAAGCCAAGGUAUGCAGCCAAGGUGACAGGAAGCCAAGGUUGACGACUGGCAUUCCACUCCCCAGGAAGCAAGAACCUAAAGCAGGCAAUGCAGGCGACAAGAAGCCAAAGUCGACGACUGGCAUCCCACUCCCUAGAAAGCAAGUAGCUAAGGCAGGCAACGAAGGUGACAAGAAGCCAAAGGCUCAGACAGGCAUCCCACUUUCUAGGAAGCGAGAAGCCAAAGCGGGUAACGCAGUUGAGACUAAAUUGCAGCGUCCAGGCAAAACCAAGCCCUCUCAGAAUAAGGACAUGUUUGAUAAAAUCACAUUCUGA